AUGUCUGGUUCAAAGUCUCGGUUGUCUGGCCUGCUUGGCCAUUUCACAGGUUCAACACCGCCGGUUGAACACCGUGUUAAUACCCACACGCUAUCCCCGACUUUCUUUCUUCCGCGUGCUGCCGCCGUUGAACCCAAUGCCGAGGCGAUCUACCACGUAACCGCCAACAACAAGGUCCUUCGCAGGAGCUAUGGUGAGACUGCAGACCGAGCGAGGGGUAUGGCUUACUACCUCAAGAAACAUGGGUUCGGCAGAGUGGGGAUACUCUGCCCGAAUACCCCAGCAUUCCUCGAGUCAAUUUUCGGAAUUGCCGCAGCUGGCGCUGUUAAUAUCGCUGUCAAUUAUCGUCUGAAACAAGAAGACAUUGCUUAUAUAUUUGAUCAUGGUGACGCGGAAGUGAUCAUCGUCGACGAGGAAUAUGUUCCACUUCUGAAGCACUAUCGAUCCCAAUACCCCCACAUCCCUAUUAUAGUAGAUACCGAUACUGAUGCGACAGAGGGUGAGCUGACGGGCCCCUUUGAUGAGGCUGUUUUGGAAGGCCUUAGGCAUGACAUCGAUACAGGUUCUCAGGGUUGGGAAGGGCUCGAGAGCCAAGCUGCCGAUGAAGAAUCUACAAUUGCAUUGGCAUAUACAAGUGGGACUACAGCCCGUCCCAAGGGUGUUGAGUUCAGUCAUCGGGGCUGCUAUCUGGCAACAUUGGGAAACGUCAUUGAAACUGGUCUGAACUAUCACCGCGGGCGUGCCCGUUACCUAUGGACACUACCCAUGUUUCACGCUAUGGGCUGGACAUUUCCAUGGGCAGUGACAGCCGUUCGCGGAACCCAUUAUUGCCUACGCAAGAUAGACUACCCCGAGAUCUGGAGGCUGCUGAAAGAGGAGCAUAUCACCCAUUUCAAUGCUGCACCGACUGUGAACACCUUACUCUGCAACGCGAAAGGAGCAGAGAGACUGCCCGAGCCUGUCCGCGUCACGGUGGCAGCAAGCCCGCCCACACCCCUUCUCUUCGAACAAAUGACCGACCUAAACUUGCACCCUGUACAUGUUUAUGGAAUGACGGAGACGUACGGCCCACUCACCAAGGGCUACCAUUUGCCAGAAUGGGACAUGCUUCCUCUCAAGGAGAAAUACCAGAGGAUGGCCCGCCAAGGCCACGGCUUUAUUACAAGUCUUCCAGUUCGGGUCAUUAAGACGGAAGUGCCUGAAGGGACCAUCACGGACGUCCGCAAGGAUGGCCAGGAGAUUGGCGAGGUUGUUUUUGUUGGAAAUCUAUGUGCCCGAGGAUACUACAAGGACCCCGAGGCAACUCGGAAACUAUUUGCAGGAGGUGUUUUGCACUCCGGAGACUUGGCUGUCUGGCAUCCCGAUGAUGCGAUUCAGAUUCUUGAUCGUGCAAAGGAUAUCAUCAUCAGUGGCGGCGAGAACAUCUCCUCCGUUGCACUUGAGUCUAUGCUAGUCAUGCAUCCUGAUAUUUUGGAGGCUGGUGUUGUUUCUGUUCCUGACUCCCACUGGGGCGAAAGACCGAAAGCCUUUGUUACAGUGAAGGAAGGCAAGAGCCUACAAGGAUCAGACGUGAUUGACUGGGCUCGAAAUUCUAGCGGAAUCAGCAAGUUCAUGAUUCCACGGGAAGUGGAAGUGGUUACUGAACUACCCAAGACCAGCACCGGCAAAAUCCGGAAGAACAUCCUGCGUGACUGGGUGAAAGGUCUGAGAGAAGCGUAG